AUGGCUGUUCCAAACCGUGGUCCCGAGCUGUUCGCCGUCAACGUUGCCUUUGUUACUACUGCCAUACUGGCCUGCUUGCUGCGGUGUUAUGUGCGUAUCUUCAUGGUCAAGGCAUUUGGCCGAGAUGACUGGUUGAUGGUAGUCGCCACAUUAUUCUUCAUGUCCUAUACAACAUCGUCAACUAUUGGCAUACAUUAUGGAACCGGACAACACCACAAGGACUUGUCGAUUGAAAACGUACAAAAGGCGAAGCAUGCCUGGAUCAUUAUCACAGCCAUGUUUGUGUCAGUCGUUGCUGGUGGAACAUUCUUCUUCGUCUGCCUCUUCCAGUGCUACCCCAUUUCCUUCAUGUGGGACCGAACUUCACAACAGGGCAAAUGCGUCGACAAUACAGUCAUUACCGCCCUUGGCUACGUCUACAGCGUCUUCAGCAUCAUAUCCGACUUUACCUUUGCCAUCAUUCCCGGCUUCUUGGUAUGGCACUUGCAACUAAAGAGGAGGACCAAGGUCGCUUUGAUUCCUUUGAUCACCAUGGGUUGCAUCGCAAGUGCCGCCGUCAUCGCACGUUUGCCUUUUGUCCACUACUUCAACUCGCCAGACUUUCUUUGGUCUACUCUUGACAUCGCCAUCUGGUCAACUGUUGAACAAGGUCUUGCCAUUACUGCCGGCAGCCUCGCAACACUCCGUCCACUCUUCUUCAUAGCUAUGCAUAAGCUCGGUCUCUCCACCCGCCCAACCGGCUACCGUCCCUCAGCCUACGGCAUGUCAGCCCCGCUACCCAACAAAGGGACCUCCGGCAUGGGAUCCAAAGCCGACAAACUCCGCCCCGACAUGUACAAGCUCUCCGCCACCGUCCAAACACGCACUUCAGAUGACCAACCCCUGGAGCCCAAAUCGAAAUCCCCACACUGGUUCGACCACCCCAGCACCUCGCAAUCGAAAAAAGGAACAGCCAACGACACUUCAGAUAACGACAGCGACAACAGCCUUCGCAUCAAGAGCGCGCGCAGCAGUGCCGAGGAACAAUUCCAAAACGGCAUCAUGGUAUCGAAAUCUUUCUACAUCACGGACGAGGAAAGGGGGUCAGUAUUGUCUGCGCCCUACAGGUGA